UAUGUUUCCAACGGCUAAACUCAAGUUAAUUAGCAGGCCGUUGCUUAGAGGCCCCGACCAGCGGUGGUUCUCGUGUGAAACUCACCCCAAGUAGUUGAUAUAUCAUCCCCUAAAUGGAUUUCUUUGAUCAUAUAUGCGAUUAUGUUUCAGCUCACUUGAUCUUUUUGUUCUCAUUCUACACCAAGAAUCCAUGGAAGCAUUGUGGAGUUUAGAGGAGAAACUGAAGCUAACAACUCAAGAAGCAGUCGUCCUCCUUGUUUGUGCUGCCUCGGCCGUCAUCGGGCUUUGUGCUGCCACGGUUCUUAAAAAGAAGGCUCAAAAGAAGCGAACGGUUGAUCGUGACCUGGUCGCUGAUGGUCGGGUCCAUGCAAAAUGGUGUGAGCCUAGUUGCAAUUGCGUUUCGGCUAAGAGGGUGUUGAUGGGCUCAGUGAUGUGGAGUGGACCUUACAGGUGGGGGAAGAGAAGCUUUGGUUGGGAGGAGAGGCCAGCAACAUUGCUUGGAUUGGAAGGGUAUAACUCUAGUGUAGGGUGGCGAAGUCAUAGCUCAGACUCACCGGUAUGGCAGCGACCGAUACUUAUGGGGGAGAAAUGUGAGCUCCCACGGUUUAGUGGACUCAUUUUGUAUGAUGAAAGAGGCCACAUUGGUUAUCUUUUGCAGGAGAAACCCACUGCAGUUGUGAGAACAACAUUAAAGGACCUGCUCUAAUUUUCUUUUGUUAACUAGUUGUAACAAGAACAGGUUUUCAGGAAUGAUUGAGCUU